UCGAAAGGCGGCGCCUUCCUCCCCGCAGCGGGCCGCUCUUGCAGCAUAGUCUGGGACGGAGCUGUCUCGGUGAUCCAUUGGCCACGCCAGUGCUGUCAACGUCUACACAGAUCACUGGCGGCGUUCCCGUCGGGCACUAUGCUGGUAAACGCAUCGACAGGUCAUCCUGAGGUGGACGUCAAGGACAUUGGCUACGUCCUCAACUACGACUUCCCCACCAACACCGAAGACUACGUCCAUCAGAUCGGUCGAACUGCUCGUGCCGGUCGCCAAGGAACGGCGAUUACCUUCUUCACUACCGCUGACGCAGGCAAGGCUCGCGACCUGCUGAGCAUUCUGCGUGAGGCCAAGCAAGAUAUUCCCCCUGAGUUGGAGGAGAUGGCUCCUUACGGCGGACGUGGUGGUGGAGGUGGACGUGGCGGCAGGGGCGGCCGCGGUGGGCGUGGUGGGUACGGUGGUGGGUACGGCGGUGGCGCAAAUGCCGCACCGCUCGGUGGAGGCAGCAGGGGUGGAUAUGGUGGUGGUGGAGGAGGGUACGGCGGUGGACGCUGGUAAAGUGUGGCGCGCAGCGCUGCCUUCUUCAAAAAUUUCGUUACGUCUCAAGCCCCUGUACUGGCCUUUGUUGCUUCACAUCACACAUCCACACCUUCUUUUGAAUAGCGACGAUAUAGAUUGGCAGCCUCACUCGCAUUGAUCGAUUGAGCGACGC